GCAGAGUCUUACAGGGCUUUGAGUCCUAUUAUAGCAGAUUGACAGUUUAUAGGGAGUCGGCACACGGUACUGGGCUGUACUAAUACUGCCUUCUGAUUGGGUCUGUCAUACCCCUAUUUUGAUUGGUGCGGGGGGACUCUCCCCAAUACAUAUACCUACAUGUAUGUACCAACAUCAACUAAAUCACACACAUAUGUACUCGACUUGGAGCAGCUCAUCACAUACAACUUGACAAGAAUCAUCCACGCUGUAAAAUUAUGUCUACCCUCACGGAAAUGCCUUGCGAGAUCAUCAUCUCUGUGUUGCGUGAGCUAGACGAUGUACGCUUCUUAUUGCCCUCACUUCUCACCUGUCACUAUGUAUACUCGUGCUUCAAGCAAAAUCCAGGUGUGGCAGUCGACAUUCUACAGCGCCAGAUACACCUAGCUAUCAUCCCUUACUCGGUCGCAGUGCUAGAAGCCACACGUCUCGAUCCACGAUAUGAUACGGAUGUCUAUGAACUGCUUGGAACGUUAUAUACAGAACCAUCCAAGUUUACCGAACGUCUCCGGACUAUGCCUGUCCCGCUUCUGGCAAGAAUGGGACAUGUCUAUGAAUUGAUCCACACCUUUGCUACCGAAUUUGCAAGCAGCGCGUGGACGCACUUGUCAACGGAUCAAGAAUCGGAAGUGGCCGGGAGCCUUGUUUUAUCGCCGUCGGAAUACAUCCGCUUUCUCCGGAAUUUCUAUCGGGUGGAGUUAUAUUUUUGCCUCUUUCGCUCGGCCCCGAACACGCCCUUUCGCGAACAACUCUUCUUUUUUAAUCAGCCACCUUGGGAAACGGAGCAGGUCGCCUGCGUCCAUGAUUUUCUCGAACUCAAACUUUCUAAAGCCUCCUAUGAUGUGCUGGCACAUGAUGUUGAGCUUGGCGAGCUAGAGAUCGAUUAUAUUACGGCUGGUGAUAACCAAUUCAGGCAGCUCUGGCUAUCACAGGGCGUCGACUUCACUCACAAAUUGACGAGUGAGAGCUCAUACGACGACAAGAAGUCGCUAUUAAAGUCUGCGUUUGGUGGUCAAAAAGCCGACCUUUACGAUAAGCUCAUAGAACCGCUAGAAACAGACUUAGAUGACCAUACACCACUUUCUGGUUAUACUGAGAAGGACCUAGCGGCUGAAUUCACGCCUAUGGAGGGUCAGGAUACAGAUAAGGGCCCGUUUGAAGCAUGGCGUGUGACCUUUAACCCCUUACCACCCAGUGCUUGGGUCAUGCUCACGAACAAUUCUGGAUUGAGGGAGCGGGCUUAUGUACUUUGGGAUUUAGAUCGCAUCGAAAAGUACGGCCUUCUGAAACUGUUUGAUAAUGCCCCGAAAGAUUCUGAGCUUCAACAUACCCCUAACGAUUAUGAUGAGAUGAACGAGUCAUUUAAAGAGCGCUCAGAGAUUUGCCGGAAGGGAGGUUCCGGCCAUUGGAGUAAAAAUGAUGAAAGCAGAAUUGUAUGGUCGAAAUAGCAGAAAGCAGUUUAUACAAUCAGGAUGCCAUCUUUGGAUUUCGGUCCACACAAGUCAACACGACGAAGAACAUCGAUUAAAAUGAAUAAUAUUUCGCUACUUUCUACCUUACAACGGGAUAUUCUAUGUGUGUAGAGGAGGAUGCUGCUAUUCAACUUUGUAUCCGCAAAGCAAUAGGGGCAUUUUGAGGGAUGGUUCCGUAGAUGUAUCCCCCAAUCAUGUCCGUGCUGUACAGAAAUCCAAAAACCCAAUUCGCGAGUACCUAGUGACAAAUCUCCAGCUAACUAGAUACCCCUAACCUAUUCCCUUCCAGUAUUGACAAUGAUACAUAUCAGUGGCC